AUGGGGAAACCCUCGAGAGCAAAGGACUCAUCGGACGAGUCGAUUUCCGGUUCCUCGCCGGAGGAGGAGCCGAUCAACGAUCAAAUCAACGACGAGGAAGAUGAAGAGGAGCUAGAGGCCGUGGCACGAACAGCAGACGAGUUCGAGGAUGAUGAUACUGACACUACCAACGCCGCUCAGGAAGAAGAGGAUGACGUCAACGAGGAAGAUAAUGUCGUGGCAAAUGAGGUUGGCAAACGUGAAAGAGAGAGGCUGAAAGAAAUGCAGAAAUUGAAGAAGCAGAAAAUUCAAGAAAUCCUGGAAGCACAGAAUGCUGCUAUCAAUGCCGACAUGAACAACAAAGGAAAGGGUCGUUUGAAGUAUCUCUUGCAGCAGACAGAACUAUUUGCUCACUUUUCUAAGGGCGAUCUGUCUGAAUCUCAGAAGAAGGAAAAGGGAAAGGGUCGCCACGCUUCAAAGCUAACUGAAGAGGAAGAAGAUGAAGAAUAUCUGAAGGAGGAAGAAGAUGGUCUAUCUGGCACAGGAAAUACAAGGCUAGUGGCACAGCCCUCUUGCAUUCAAGGAAAGAUGAGGGAUUACCAACUUGCUGGUUUAAAUUGGCUCAUACGAUUGUAUGAGAAUGGCAUUAAUGGAAUUCUUGCCGAUGAAAUGGGACUUGGUAAAACACUGCAAACCAUAUCCUUGCUGGGCUACUUGCAUGAAUUUAGAGGAAUUACUGGCCCUCACAUGGUCGUCGCUCCAAAAUCUACACUUGGCAAUUGGAUGAAUGAAAUUAAACGUUUCUGUCCUAUUUUGCGUGCUGUGAAGUUUCUUGGAAAUCCAGACGAAAGAAGUUACAUACGUGAGGAAUUACUUGUUGCCGGAAAAUUUGAUGUUUGUGUUACAAGCUUUGAAAUGGCCAUCAAAGAGAAAUCUGCCUUGCGCCGCUUUAGCUGGCGCUAUAUAAUUAUUGACGAAGCUCAUCGCAUCAAAAAUGAAAAUUCCCUUCUUUCAAAAACAAUGAGACUUUACAAUACUAAUUAUCGGCUUCUUAUUACUGGAACGCCACUUCAGAACAAUCUUCACGAACUUUGGUCUCUCCUAAACUUUUUGCUGCCUGAGAUAUUUAGCUCAGCUGAAACAUUCGAUGAGUGGUUCCAAAUUUCUGGUGACAAUGAUCAGCAGGAAGUUGUCCAGCAGCUGCACAAGGUCCUGCGACCCUUCCUUCUCAGAAGAUUGAAGUCCGAUGUUGAAAAAGGUUUACCUCCGAAGAAGGAAACAAUACUUAAAGUUGGUAUGUCUCAGAUGCAAAAGCAUUACUAUAAGGCUCUGCUGCAGAAAGAUCUGGAGGUUGUAAAUGCUGGUGGAGAACGCAAACGUCUUCUUAAUAUAGCCAUGCAACUGCGAAAAUGUUGUAAUCAUCCAUAUUUAUUUCAAGGUGCUGAACCUGGUCCACCUUAUACCACUGGAGAUCAUCUCAUAGAAAAUGCUGGAAAAAUGGUUCUUCUAGACAAGUUGCUUCCAAAAUUAAAGGAGCGUGAUUCCAGAGUUUUGAUAUUCUCACAGAUGACAAGGCUGCUGGACAUUCUUGAAGACUACUUAAUGUUUCGUGGAUACCAGUAUUGUCGCAUUGAUGGAAAUACUGGUGGGGAUGAUCGGGAUGCUUAUAUAGAAGCCUUCAACAUGCCAGGAAGUGAGAAAUUUGUCUUUCUACUGUCAACUAGAGCUGGAGGUCUUGGUAUCAACCUUGCUACUGCUGACGUUGUUAUUCUCUAUGACAGCGAUUGGAAUCCACAGGUUGAUUUGCAGGCUCAGGAUCGUGCUCAUAGAAUUGGGCAGAAGAAGGAAGUCCAAGUUUUCCGAUUCUGCACUGAGUACACUAUUGAGGAAAAAGUGAUUGAGAGGGCCUAUAAAAAGCUUGCAUUGGAUGCUUUGGUUAUCCAGCAAGGGCGACUAGCAGAGCAAAAGUCUGUUAACAAGGAUGAGCUGCUGCAAAUGGUGAGAUUUGGUGCUGAAAUGGUUUUCAGUUCCAAAGAUAGCACAAUCACAGAUGAAGAUAUAGACAGGAUAAUUGCCAAGGGAGAAGAGGCAACAGCUGAACUUGAUGCCAAGAUGAAAAAAUUCACUGAAGAUGCUAUCAAAUUUAAAAUGGAUGACUCCGCUGAUUUGUAUGCUUUUGAGGAUGAAAAGGAUGAAAGCAAGUUUGAUUUCAAGAAACUUGUCAGUGAUAAUUGGAUUGAGCCUCCGAAAAGGGAACGAAAGCGCAAUUACUCUGAGUCGGAAUACUUCAAGCAAACAAUGCGUCAAAGUGGUCCUGCUAGACCAAAAGAACCCCGAAUCCCCCGCAUGCCACAGUUGCAUGACUUCCAGUUCUUCAAUACUCAGCGUCUCACUGAGCUGUAUGAGAAAGAAGUGCGCUGCCUCAUGCAAAUCCAACAGAGAAGUCAGGUGAAAGAUACAAUAGAGGUGGAUGAACCUGAAGAUGUGGGAGAUCCAUUGACUACUGAGGAGCAGGAAGAGAAGGAGCGACUGCUGGAAGAAGGAUUUUCGACAUGGAGCAGAAGGGACUUCAAUACAUUUAUCAGGGCCUGUGAGAAGUAUGGUCGAAAUGAUAUUAAAAAUAUUGCUUAUGAAAUGGAAGGGAAAACUGAGGACGAAGUUGAGAGAUAUUCAAAAGUUUUCAAGGAAAGAUACAAAGAAUUGAAUGACUAUGAUAGGAUUGUUAAGAACAUUGAAAGAGGAGAGGCUAGAAUUUCAAGGAGAGACGAGAUCAUGAAAGCUAUUGGGAAGAAGAUGGAUCGCUAUAAGAAUCCAUGGCUCGAGUUAAAGAUCCAGUAUGGCCAGAAUAAAGGAAAGUUAUACAAUGAAGAAUGUGAUCGUUUCAUGGUAUGCAUGGUUCACAAGAUCGGGUAUGGGAACUGGGAUGAGCUGAAAGCAGCCUUUCGUAUGUCGCCAUUGUUCCGUUUUGAUUGGUUUGUGAAGUCUCGUACAACACAAGAACUUGCAAGAAGAUGUGAUACUCUUAUUCGUUUAGUGGAGAAGGAAAACCAAGAACAUGACGAGAUAGAGAGACGAGCUCGUAAAGAGAAAAAACUGGCAAAGAAUAUGACACCAUCUAAGCGUGCCGUGGCCAGACAGGCUGCUGACAGCCCCCCUCCAACCUUGAAAAAGCGGAAGCAAUCAUCAAUGGAUGAUUAUGUGAGCUCGGGAAAGAAGAAGAAAUGA